AAGUUUACGCAUAUAGUUUCUUUACCAGUUUACCUCUUCGCCUGACUUCUUUGAUUGCAGAGUUGAACCAUUUUUCAGUCUUUUGCAGAAGUGCUGAAAAACCUUCUUUGCUUUCUCAAUUUCUUCUCCUUUUGUUAUCUAAACCAAAUCCAUCUCUAAAUUUCAUCAUCAAUUCGGUUCCAUAUAUGUAGAAUUCUGUUGCUGUAUUUCCACUUUUAUUAUCCUUAAUAAAUGUCCUUCUUCCAACAUUUUUUGACUUUCUUUUUUUUCUACAUUAUCCUAUGAUAUUUUAAGGUUGCAGAUCUAACUCACAUCUUUCUACUAAUUUAUCCUUUUCUUGCAUUUCUAUCUUUAUUCUGAUCUAUUUUAGCUGUUUUCGUUCUUUCUUCUUGUUGUUUUCCUCAAGAAAGGUUUUUUUUUUUUAUCAAAUUUAGUUUUUUAGAUGUGUAAUCAAAUACCCAUUUCUCAAGGAAAUCAUAAAAACUCAGUCUUUAACUUCAAUUUUCAUCCAAUUCAUGUGAUUUUAGCUUCUGUGUACAUCUCCUUCUUCAUGUUUUCUUACCAAAAUUAGGGUUUUUUCUUUAAAAAAAUUCCCUUGUCGAUUACCUUUUUUAAAAAAAUAACAUGGAUUACGGUAGAGAAAAUGUAGUUCAUGUAAUUCCGACAAAUGGACCUGAAAGUUGGGUUCCAAAUUCGACAGACCCUUCAGUUUGGGCAACAGAAGAAGAUUACCGUGUUUGGAACAACCAAGAAACCUCCACCGACACACCCUCAAACUCCAGCUACGACCAAAGACAACCUCAAUCACGGUCCAAUUCGGAACAGCCACCAAACAAGAAAUCAAGAAAUUCUCAGGAAUUAAAUUCCAGGUCCAAAGCCAUAGGCAAAAUGUUUUUCAAGACUAAGCUUUGUUGCAAGUUCAGGGCUGGUACUUGCCCUUAUGUUACAAAUUGUAACUUUGCUCAUAGCAUUGAAGAGCUUCGACGCCCACCUCCUAAUUGGCAAGAAAUAGUGGCCGCCCAUGAAGAAGAGAAAGGUAUUUUAUCCGAGCCAAGAGAGGAAUUUCAAAUUCCUUCUUUGGGUUCUUCUAGUUUUUCAGGGGAAACGCAGAGGUCAUAUAAAGGACGGCAUUGCAAGAAGUUUUAUACAGAGGAAGGGUGUCCUUAUGGUGAUAAUUGCACGUUUUUGCACGAUGAGCAGUCGAAGAAUCGAGAGAGUGUAGCUAUAAGUUUGGGCCCAGGAGGGUAUGGUGGUGGCGGAGGAGGAGCAGCAGGAGGAGGAGGAGGAGGAGGAGGAGGAGGAGGAGGAGGAGGAGGAGGAGGAGGAGGAGGUGGUGCUGCUGCUGCUGGGAAUGGAUCGAAUUCAAAGCCGUCUAAUUGGAAGACUAGGAUUUGUAAUAAGUGGGAACUUACUGGGUACUGCCCAUUUGGAAAUAAAUGUCAUUUUGCUCAUGGAGUUGCAGAAUUACACCGAUAUGGUGGGGGGCUUGUGGAGGCAGAAGCCAAGGAUUCUUCUGCUACCCCUUCUGACCCAAAGCAAGGGGGGGUACCUUCAAAAACUCCAGCAGAUACUGUGGCUGUAUCAGCCCCUUCAGUUCCGCUUUCAGAUGUUUAUCAUCUUGGAGUUCCUUCACAGAGGACAUCUCUUGUAAUCCAGAGGCCAGGACAAAGAGCUCAUCAGAAAUGGAAGGGCCCAGACAAAAUCAGUCGGAUAUAUGGUGACUGGAUUGAUGAUAUUGAAUAAACCCUGUUCCUUUAGGUACUCAGGGAAAAAAAAAAGGAAAGAAGAGAUGGGAGCUGAAAUUCUUUGCAGUAAGAAGCUUUUUCCUGGGAAAGUGAAUAAUUUAGAUAUUCCUAGGACAGUUGGGUCAUGUACCUUCAGCUUAUGCCCUAGGGAAAUCUUCUUCUUUGCUCACUUCAAGUUUUUAGUGGAUCCCUGGCUUAUUGGCAUCUCAGCUGCAUAAAUUUUCAUGUAUGAAUAUUCCCUCCCUGGCUUGGGAAUAUGACGUCUGUAUUACUGCUGUAGACUUUCUCCUUUUUAUCAAAUACUAUAACUAUUAGAUGACCCUUUUGAUAUGAAAAGAAACUUUAUUCCACUUUGCUAAA